AAUUGUUGGAGCUUUCACAUUGCGUCCGCAGUUGUUUUUACACAUCGCUCGCGUUAAGUUGGCAAUUUUUAAUACAAGCAAAUAAUACAAGUAACGCCGACUUGCGAGCAUAGUUUAUUUUACUAUUAAGACAUUACGUAUAUUUUUUAACAUCGUGAAAAUUUAAUGAAAUUUAAAUAAUAUAGUGUGGUGCAUCAGUUGAAAUUACAACAAUUUAAAUAGAAUAUCAUAGUUGCAUAUAAAGCCCAAGGUCAGUGAAUAGGAUAUGCAAUCGAAAGCAAAAUUUCGCUAAAACAGUGUUAAAAAGAAACGUCAAACAAAUUCACAUUCGAGCCAAAGUUUUGCAAAAACCGCUAAAACAUCAAAAACAAUAAGAACUAAAAAUUCCUUUGCAUAAACUUGUGAAGGGAAUUUAUAUUAAAAAAACGCAGAUAUAAUUGCUGCGGUGUACGUGUGUGUGCGGUUCUUAUUAUAGGCUGUGUUUGGAAUUUUUGCAAAAAUUCCACGUGAAUGUCUUCACAAUCGUCGGCACGUUAUUUACCAAUAGCCAAAAUGGACAAUCCCGCUCUGUCUGGGUCCAGUGGUGAUGUGGAGGCCGAUAGCAAUUCUGUGGAAGCUAGUCUACCCGCCACCUGUUCGUCGCAGCAAUUAAUGGCUCCAUCGUCAGACACGGAUAGCGUUGUUGUACAACAGCCAGCUACCGGUAUCACGAGAACACAAUGGUUCACGGUGGUGGUGUUGUGCUUUGUUAAUUUAAUCAACUACAUGGAUCGCUUUACUAUAGCAGGUGUUUUAACAGAUAUACAAGCCGAUUUUAAAAUCGGUGAUGAUGAUGGUGGUCUCUUGCAGACCGUCUUCGUGCUCUCUUAUAUGAUUUGUGCGCCACUUUUCGGCUAUCUCGGUGAUCGUUAUUCGCGUCGUUGGAUUAUGGCCGUGGGUGUACUGUUAUGGUCGACAACAACGUUACUUGGCUCAUUUAUGGGCAGCUUCGGUGGUUUCAUCACAUUCCGCGCGUUAGUGGGUAUCGGUGAGGCUUCGUAUAGUACCAUAGCGCCGACCAUUAUUUCCGAUUUGUUCAUACACGAUUUGCGCUCGCGAAUGUUGGCGUUAUUCUAUUUUGCGAUACCAGUUGGUUCAGGAUUUGGUUACAUUGUCGGCUCGGAGACUGCACGCUUGGCUAAUAACUGGCGUUGGGCGCUCCGCGUUACACCCAUUCUUGGCAUUUUAGCCGUUGUGCUGAUUGUCUUAAUCAAAGAACCAGAGCGCGGUGAGAGUGAAGGAUCACCACAUUUGGAACCAACCAGCUACACAGAAGACAUCAAGGACUUGGUGAAGAAUCAUUCGUUUAUGCUUUCGACAGCGGGCUUCACUUGUGUGGCUUUCGUCACUGGUGCGCUUGCCUGGUGGGGACCUAAAUUCAUUUAUUUAGGCAUCAAAAUGCAGCCUGGCAAUGAGGAGCUGUCACUGAAUGACGUAUCGUACAAGUUUGGCAUCAUCGCCAUGAUAGCCGGAUUGAUUGGUGUGCCAUUGGGUUCGUUUUUGGCGCAACGUCUACGACCGCGACACGAGAACUGUGAUCCAUAUAUUUGCGCUUUCGGUCUGCUCAUAUCCGCGCCGAUGGUCUACUUGUCGCUGGUGACACCGCAAACCACCACAUCGUUCUGCUUCUUGUUCGUCUUUUUGGCGCAAGUGACGCUGAACCUAUGCUGGUCUAUUGUUGCGGAUAUUUUGUUGUAUGUUGUCGUGCCGACACGCCGUUCCACCGCCGAAGCCUUCCAAAUUCUGGUCUCGCAUGCAUUGGGUGAUGCCGGCAGUCCCUACUUCGUUGGCUUGCUCUCUGAAGGUAUCAAGCGGCAUUUGCGCACCACUACCAGCCAGACCUCUGAGUUCAGCUUGGGCAUACCUAGCAUGUCACUAACAUUAGAAGACAAUAGUCAUAAUAUUACCGACAGCUUAUUGUCGAGUAAUGUCACGACUGAAAGCUCAAAUCUGUUAGCACAGGCCGCCAGCGUGGUGAGUGAAAAUGUCACAGCAUUGGUAGCGAAUGCCACCGAUUUCGUCAGUCAAUUACGUGAAGAAAGAUUAUUUGAAAUCGACAUAGAGGAUACCGAUAGCAACAGUUUCACGGCAUUGCAAUAUUCACUAUUUUCGACCAGUUUCAUUGAAGUUUUGGGUGCCGUUUUCUUCUUUUUAACUGCCAUUUACAUAUUAAAGGAUAAGCGUCGUGCGACGCGUUCCUCACUUGGCACUCAAGCAUCUCUGGAGUGAAGUGUACUUUCACUAAAUUACGCAAAUGUAUAAUUUAUAAGCCACUUACCCGAACAGCCAGCCAGCCAAUCAACCCACAAGCUAUUGAUACAUAUAUGUAUGUAUAUUACAACCACAAAAACCGUUCUACGCUGAAGAUGUGUUGUAUACCAGGCAAACAUACAUACAUACAUAUGACUGAAAUAUUAGUUUUAACUAAUUAUUUUGUAGUAGUAAUGAUUAUCAUAGAAUCAUGUGUGCCUCAAGAAGUGGGUGUGUUCCUAUUAGUAGAAGCGUGUAUGUAUAUGGAUAGUAAUGCAAAAAAAAAAAAAAAACAUCAAA